GUUAGCCUGUCACGUGACGUAGAGUGAGUUCCUGCUGUGGCUUGAAGGAAACAGAUCGACAUUCAGCCACGGGAGAAUCGCACUUUGCGGCCUGUGGAAGCCCCCUCCCUGAGCGAUGGCCUCACCUGUCUCGGUCUACAACUCUAAUGCCUUGGACGCACACAUUUCCAAUACUCCCAGAGAGUCUCUGAAGAUGGAGUUGUUAGCUGAUGUCUCUCUACUGCCAGGAGAGGAAAGAAUUAUAGAUAAAGAUAUCAUCUACAUGUGUCACUUCAAUGGAGCUGUGAAAGGCAAAGUGUUGAUCACGAACUACAGACUCUACUUCAAGAGCUCAGAUGCUGAUGUUACAGUGAUGCUGGACGUUCCUCUGGGUGCUAUCAGUCGAGUGGAGAAGAUGGGUGGGGCAUCAAGCAGAGGAGAAAAUUCCUACGGCCUGGAUAUUACCUGCAAGGACAUGAGGAACUUAAAGUUUGCCUUAAAGCAGGAAGGUCACAGCAGAAGAGACAUCUUUGAUCUCCUCUUCAGACAUGCCUUCCCCCUCUCACAUGGUUUGCCUCUAUUUGCAUAUGUGACACAGGAGAAGUAUGCUGAGAAUGGGUGGAACAUUUACAAACCUGUAGAGGAGUUCAGACGGCAGGGCUUACCUAAUAACAAGUGGCGUAUUACAUUCAUCAAUAAGAGCUAUGAUCUGUGUGACACCUACCCCACUGUGCUGGCUGUUCCCUUUAAAAGUAAAGAGGAGGACCUGAGACGAGUGGCUGCCUUCCGGUCAAGAGCACGCAUACCGGUUCUAUCAUGGAUCCACAGGGAGAACCAAGCAGUGAUUGCCCGCUGCAGUCAGCCUCUUGUUGGCAUGUCUGGUAAAAGAAACCGGGACGAUGAACGCUACCUGGACCUGAUCAGGGAGGCAAACGACACCACCAAGCUCACUAUAUACGAUGCUCGGCCCAGCGUCAAUGCAGUGGCUAACAAGGCCACUGGAGGAGGCUACGAGGGUGAUGAAUACCAAAACGCAGAGCUUGUCUUCCUGGACAUCCAGAAUAUCCACGUCAUGAGGGAAUCCCUGAAGAAGCUUAAAGAUAUUGUCUACCCCAAUGUGGAGGAAUCCCACUGGCUGUCCAGUCUAGAGUCUACACACUGGCUAGAACAUGUAAAGCUUGUGUUGUCGGGAGCCAUCCAAGUAGCAGACAAGGUUUCCAGUGGAAACUCAGUGGUGGUCCACUGUAGUGACGGCUGGGACCGAACUGCUCAGCUUACGUCUCUGGCCAUGCUGAUGUUGGACAGCCACUAUCGCACCCUGAGAGGAUUCCAGGUGCUGAUUGAAAAAGAAUGGAUCAGCUUUGGGCAUAAAUUUGCCUCAAGGAUAGGUCACGGUGACAAAAAUCAUGCCGAUCAGGACAGAUCGCCCAUCUUUGUUCAGUUCAUCGACUGCGUAUGGCAAAUGACUAAACAGUUUCCUACAGCCUUUGAGUUUAAUGAGCACCUCCUGCUGACUAUCCUGGAUCAUCUCUACAGCUGCCGCUUCGGGACUUUCCUCUACAACUGUGAAAGUGCACGAGAUCAGCAUGAGGUGCGGUUGAAGACAGUGUCUCUGUGGUCCCUGGUCAACAGUAAGAUGGAUAUUUAUUUAAACCCCUUCUACACCCCGGAGUCUGGCAGGGUCCUCUACCCUGUUGCCAGCAUGCGCCACUUGGAGCUUUGGGUGACCUACUACAUCCGCUGGAACCCACGUAUACGGCAACAGCAGCAGAGUCCAGUGGAACAGCGCUACAAGGAGCUGUUGGCCCUCAGAGACGAGUACUUGAAGAAGCUGGAGCAGCUGCAGCUGUCGGAUUCCUCCACUUCCUCCCGUCUGGCUAACAGCCCCACAGCCAACACCUCCUCCACCACCUCAACACCAACACAGCAAUACACACACCUACAGACUCCCUUUUGAGGGCUGGUAACACACACUUGCUCACUCACAGAUAUCAGAUCUACUUGUUGACUUGCACUUACGUCCUCUUUGCUCCAAUUUGUGUUUCACACACACACACACACGCAGGGAAUUCAUUAGUAUUGUGCAGUCCUAAGUGUGGAUAACAAAGAAUGCUAAUAAGAUUUAGAUUUGAUGGCUAUAUUUAAUACCAUAGUGGUGAUAAUGGUGAUUUAUGCAAUAUGUCACAGUACAGCCUUGUCUCAAGACUUUUGUAUACACACACUCAUCAUACAAUGAAGCCUUAAAGACAUUCACUGGCUUUAAGUCCAAGGGCUUGAACACACAAGACACAGCGGUUGUGUUCACACAAGGAACAGAGCAAAGCUGAAGUGUUUAUUUGUCUGUAUGUCCUGCUGUGAUUACAGAUUAAUGAGAAUAGUUGAGCAUUAAAAUUCUUUCGUCACCUUAGGAAAAAUAGUCUGGCAAGAAAUGUUUAAUUCAAGUCUUCUGAAUCGCUUUUUCAGGCGCUUUUAAUUUGAAAGUUACACAAAGUGUUUGACACCCUAAGAUGCUGCUGAGAUUAGUUUAUCAAAUGACAUGAGAACUGAUGUUGUGAUUUAAAAAGUUAGAAGCAGGAAAGCCUCAGGCAGCCAUGAGUGGAGAUGCUGGUGAAGAAAAAUUGACAGCAGAGACGAAACAUUUUUUUCAUUUUGAUAUAAUGUAUAGCUGAGUUUGAUAGUGUUUCAGAGAUUUCAAAAUGUUUGUAAGUUAAACACAUUUCACAGUUAGAUGUCAGGAAACUGCACACACUUAGCCCAGCUUGACCCUGUGCUGCUUCACACCGUUGAUGUCCUGUGUGAGCAAAGCGUAAUGCUAACCACGAUGUUGUACAACUCACUUCUCACACUGUUCCUCCGUGCUGCAUGGCUGCGAAGUGUUGCCCAAUCCUACAGGGGAUCGAUCAAAAGUGCUGCAGAGCUAAUGCAGCAGCGUUGGAGGCCCCUACAGGAGAUGUCACUGUAGUUUCCAAACAAGUGUUAUAUGCUGAGUGUGGUCAGAUUUGGACGGAGUAGUGUGGAAUUUUUCCAUUGUCACCUGAGGAUGGAAGCUGUCAGUAAAGCUCACAUCCUGAGUUAUGACAUUGAGAACAAAUAUAGUUCUGACCAACAGUAGACUUUGGUUGGAAUUAAUCAGCAAAUUACCUGUAUGAAUGCAGCUUUGAUAAAGUUUAAAAUAUCUAUAUAUAUACCGGUAUUUCAGGUGCUCAAGAUAGUAAAAGGAAAUGAAAUGAUGCUGGCUUCUAACUCUGAAUCACCUCUUGUACUUUAUGGAGAAAGUAGCCAAAGCCCAUGAAUACAAUUUGUAGAUAUUUUUGUUUCAACCUUACUGAACAUUCACAUUGAAUCUUGAAGUACAUGUGCCUUUUGGACAAGUGUUGGCUUGUGCUUAUAUAUGGGAGCUUCAUGUAAGAAUUAUUGGGCAGUAUACAUUGGAUCCAAGUAAUUUAUUCAGUCUCAAAAUGAUGAGGUAGUACUACAGUAUCAUCAUUUUGGCAUUUUGAGGUAGUCACAUUUUUGAAUUCUAAUAAUUGCGAAAGUCUAGCCUAGUAGUCAUCCAGGUCAUGGUAACUGUAGGAACUUCAGUUAGUAAAAAUAAUAUGACCUAGUAUGGCAAAAAAAAAAAAAAGCUUUUUAAAGCAACAUAUUUUUGAUUUUUAUAUAAAAAUAUAUAUUUUGUUUAAGUUAACUGUCAAAAUAUUUCCUAAACAAUAUCAAAUAAAUUAAAAUAUACUCGAGUUUCAUUAGGAUCACAUAGUAUGAUCUUUUUUUUUCUUGACUCAAAUGAGCUUCCUUAAAAUUCCCCAAUACAAAUCCAUGAAACCCAAUUUGUUCAAAAAGCACAUGCUUUGAGAGUUGAAGUGCUUUAAUGGAGCUGGCGUCUACAGAGCGGUGUACAAAGUCAAACUCCAGACAUCACAGACAACAGUGUGUGUAUUAAUAACAGGAAUGCUGAGAACAGAAUCAUUUUUUUUUCUACCACGACAAUUAAAUUAGACUAUUUCCAGAAAGUACCUGACACAAGGAUUUUGCUGCUAACAGCUCUUAUUUGGGUUGGUUUUAACAUUUGAUACAAAUUCAGAAAAUAAUCGGAAAAUAACAUAUUUUUGCUACAUCGUUCAGUCUGUCUGUUUAUUACAAUCACGCCUGUCACUAUAUAUGUUCACUUAGUUUAUAAGGACGCUUGAUUUCAAUCUUGGUUACUUAGGAGAUUAGGGCUUCAUUUGAGGAGGACAAAAUGAAAAUGUUUUAAGUGUGAUAGUUUUUGCCACCACAGCGCAUAAUCAGUCAGAGAUCAUUUCAAUAACGUGUUAAAUUCUGGUUGUUGUGUCAUUUGGACAUGAUUCAAAACAAGCAAAAGGCCAGUGGAUAACUAUUAAAAGCAGCUCCGGAACCAUGCUGGUAGUGCUGCAUUGUGGAAGGGGAAACAGUCAAAUGUUUUUUUUGAAACUGAUGCAGGUUAGAGAUAUCUUAAAGUCUACAUGGAGCACCACUGUUGAUGCAGUCCUCGGCCUAAAUCUGUAACAUUUUCUAAAUCGCCUUUUCCACACACGGAUGUUAGUGUAACCCUGAACUUUUAAUAACAGUGGUUUUAUUCAAAUAAGCUCUUUACUGUUCUUUAGUCUUGACAUUGACUCUUCAAAAACUGGAUAGAAUCUCUUUGACUUGUUAAUAGUAGCCAGUAGAGUUGCACAGUGUGAGCAGUUGUGUUUCCAGAAAGAUUUUCCCCACGAGUUAGCAGACGUAUGGAUAAAUUAAUAUUAACUUUCAAUAAUUCAGCAGUGUUUCCUGCUGAGGACCGUGUUGACACAGCCGUUCUGUUAGCUUGGAUACAUGAAAAAGCAAUCAUAUGUCACGAAACAGACAUAUCUGUAGUCUGUCAUUUGCCCUAAUUUAAAUAUGUCAAUAACAGAAUUUAAGCUUGGUGAUUAAGAGGUUUCUCUCCUGUGGUUAACUUCUAUAAUGUACACAGGAAACAGAAUGGGACUUCUGAAACCCUAAACACCCAAAACAUGUCUCCCUGCUGUGUUUUUUUUUUUUUUUUACAUCAGCCUUGAAUUCCCAGAAAUACAGCCUUCCUGUUGAAAAGCCUGCUCAGACAAUACAUUUUCCUCCUCACAUCGUGUUCAACUCAAUGGGUUUUCAGCAAAUUGAGAAAAAUGUAUGUACAGUGUAAGACUUUCAUUUGUCAGUGAGGUGUACGUCAUUUUGUGAAGCGCUUCAGGUUAUGUCCAGAUUUGUGCCUUGACUCUUGUGAGAAUCACCUUCAUCUCUACAAAGAGACACACUCGAGCUGUCUUGGGCCAUGUUUGAGAUUGACGUCUUUGUAGUUCAGGGUUCCAAAGAAAAAAAAAAAAACCUCACAUCCUUGAAUUGAGGAGGAAGCAGAGCUAUGUCUGUUUAAAGUGGGAGGAAGAGGGUGAUCACUGCAGGGAUUCCUCGGGUAACUACAGAGGGUAGAAGAAAAGACAGUUGACUAAGGUAAAUUCUCUGUGUGAAAGGAAGCCUCUGUUUAUCUCCUUAAUUCCCACACUGUAUGAUGCAGUACCUGUUCAAACAGAGCAAUAAAAAACGCAUUUUAGUAGGUCUGUGGCAUGUUUCGCCUUAAUUAGUGCGAAGUAAGACGGUCAACAGUGCAGUGGGUUUGAUACAGAUCUUCAUCUAUGUGCAAAUCCUGCAAGCCCACGGAAGGGGCCGAGAGUCGCUAUAUUUGUGCUUUUUUUGUUUUAUUCCUGGGGCUUGGCACAGCACCUCUACUUGUUCUGCAGUGGUUUUGUUCUGUCCUCCCUUUACCCGGUGUGUCACUUGGUCAGUAAUAACGUCUUGGUAAAGAUGGCAUAACUGGGGAGAGAUCUUUCUAAUGUAUUACAGUUGAAAAUAAACAAACCCAACUUCGUCAGGACCUGUUGGCUUCUGAUUGGGUGGCAGCUCUACUCAUACCACCUGUUCACUGAUUUAUUUUAUAGUGGUUGAACGACAUUCAUAUGAACUGCUGUUUAAGCAUACUUGGUCCCUUUAUCUUUCUAGUUUCCAAACAAAUGUCAAUUUACAGACUGACUAGAAGUUCUCAUCAAGGCACCAGACGUAACUAUGACAAAAUAAGGGAGCAGAGAUCUCAAACAUGACCCGUUUUUAUGACUGGAAGGAUGAAAGAGAGGGUGAUCAGAGUGCAAUCUGAGUCCCGUGUUCACAGAGAGGUGGAUAAAAGAUUCUACCAAAUGGAUACUUUGGACAAAAAUUUGGUGUACUUGAUCAAAGGUUUGAAAUUGACUGAGAAGGUUAAGCAACAUGAAACAUAUGUGUUGGUUCCAGGGUUGUGUUGUUAGGGAAAAACAGAUAAAAAUCUAUUUUUUUUAUUUUUUACUUUGUACAAGCACCAUGAUGUAAUUACCUCAAUCAAAACCUAUUUUACUGUCUAAAGUUCUAUUGUUGUAAGAUACAAUUAUUUUAUGUAGUGUAAAAUCUUCCAGUUUUAUAAUAAAGGAAAGUAAUGUUGGUUCAGAAAUUGUUGGUAUAAAUUGUGGAUUUCUGCUCCAUUGGGUCAAAUUGUUCUGUUUUAUAUUUAAGGGCAUUUUUAUUAGGGGUUGUACUCAUUUACCCAGGAGCAAAAGGCAGAAGUUUCUAGAUACUGUUAAACCUUAACAUCUUCCUGUCUGUUCUCUGCGGGUCUUUACCUUUGAGAUUCUCUCUGGCUUUGUGGUGAUGACUCUGAGACGUACUUGUUCAUUUCAGUUUCACUCUUUCAUUAAUGUAGGGAUUGUAGUUUGAGGGUAUUGUGUCAUAUUAUAGCCUGCUUUGUCAUAAAUACACAUGAAAUGUGUUUGAGGAUCUUCUUUGUAUCAACAAAAAGGUGAAAUCUGAAAACAUUUCAAAUGUACUUCUUUUAAUCAUGUUAUCUCCUCUCCACAGUUUGUUGGAUGGCUCUUUUUAUGUAAAUAUUACUGAUUAAAUUAAUUUAAGAAUUUC